GGGGGCAGCGCCGCGCGAGCCGUUGGGCCUGGCUCGGAGAAGGCGUUGCCGCUGCGCCGCAGUUGCCGCCGCCAGGAAACACAAGGAGCGGGACCAAGCGCAGCGUGGCGAUGGGCGGGAGUAGGGCCCCGCCGGAAAGGCUGGGCGGCCGCCGGUGACAGACUGUGCUCUGUCCACUGCGCCUCCUGCAUGUCCUGCUGCCCUGAGCUGUCCCAGGCUAGGUGACAGCGUGCUACGCUGCCACCAUGAACGAGGUAUCUGUCAUCAAAGAAGGCUGGCUCCACAAGCGCGGUGAAUACAUCAAGACCUGGAGGCCCCGGUACUUCCUGCUGAAGAGUGACGGCUCCUUCAUCGGAUACAAGGAGCGGCCGGACGCCCCAGACCAGACGCUGCCCCCCCUAAACAACUUUUCUGUCGCAGAGUGCCAGCUGAUGAAGACCGAGAGGCCACGGCCCAACACCUUUGUCAUACGCUGCCUGCAGUGGACCACUGUCAUCGAGAGGACCUUCCACGUAGACUCUCCAGAUGAGAGGGAGGAGUGGAUGCGGGCCAUUCAGAUGGUCGCCAACAGCCUUAAGCAGCGGGGCCCAGGUGAGGACCCCAUGGACUAUAAGUGCGGCUCCCCCAGUGACUCUUCCGCGGCAGAGGAGAUGGAAGUGGCAGUUAGCAAGGCUCGGGCCAAGGUGACCAUGAAUGACUUCGACUAUCUCAAACUUCUGGGCAAGGGCACCUUUGGCAAAGUGAUUCUGGUGCGGGAGAAAGCCAGCGGCCGCUACUACGCCAUGAAGAUCCUGCGGAAGGAAGUCAUCAUUGCCAAGGAUGAAGUUGCCCACACGGUCACCGAGAGCCGGGUCCUCCAGAACACCAGGCACCCGUUCCUCACCGCACUGAAGUAUGCCUUCCAGACCCACGACCGCCUGUGCUUCGUGAUGGAGUACGCCAACGGUGGGGAGCUAUUUUUCCAUCUGUCCCGGGAGCGCGUCUUCACGGAGGAGCGGGCCCGCUUCUAUGGCGCAGAGAUCGUCUCUGCCCUGGAGUAUCUGCACUCGCGGGACGUGGUGUACCGCGACAUCAAGCUGGAAAACCUCAUGCUGGACAAAGAUGGCCACAUCAAGAUCACGGAUUUCGGACUGUGCAAAGAGGGCAUCAGCGACGGGGCCACCAUGAAAACCUUCUGUGGGACGCCCGAGUACCUGGCACCCGAGGUGCUGGAGGACAACGACUAUGGCCGCGCGGUGGACUGGUGGGGGCUGGGCGUGGUCAUGUACGAGAUGAUGUGCGGCCGCCUGCCCUUCUACAACCAGGACCACGAGCGCCUCUUCGAGCUCAUCCUCAUGGAGGAGAUCCGCUUCCCGCGCACCCUCAGCCCCGAGGCCAAGUCCCUGCUCGCUGGGCUGCUUAAAAAGGACCCAAAGCAGAGGCUCGGCGGGGGGCCCAGCGAUGCCAGGGAGGUCAUGGAGCACAGGUUCUUCCUCAGCGUCAACUGGCAGGACGUGGUACAGAAGAAGCUCCUGCCACCCUUUAAACCUCAGGUCACCUCUGAGGUUGACACAAGGUACUUUGACGACGAGUUCACCGCCCAGUCCAUCACAAUCACACCCCCGGACCGCUAUGACAGCCUGGGCUCCCUCGAACUGGACCAGCGGACCCACUUCCCCCAGUUCUCGUACUCAGCCAGCAUCCGGGAGUGAGCAGAGCCGCCUGCCGCCACCACCGCCACAGGACACGCACGGCUGCCAUCGCCACCCGGGGGCUUUUCUCUUGUUUUUAAACUUUUUAUUUUUGCCUUUUUUUGUUUGCAUCCCCGUCCCUCACCCGCUCACCCCCAUUUCCAGUUUUUUCUUCAGCCCUCUGCCAAACUCACCUCAGCGGUCCCAGCGGCCCUGCCUCCAGGAUUCCGGCCUGUCCUCACCUCUGUCCCCAGACCAGGCUUUGGGAGACUCCCCGCUGCCUGCCCCAGGACCAGGCCUGUGGGCGGUUGGAGGGAUUCCAGUUUUUAAUCGACACAAGCCCUGGUGUGUGGCAAAGCGUGGGGCCGUGCGGCCUGCCUGGAUUUCUGGCCAGACGCCUGCAGGCAGUCCAUCUCUGUCAGAGGCCGCCUUCUCGUGGGACACCUCGUGGGACACUCGUGGGACACACCGCCCCACGGACAGUGCCCUGGUGCUGCCUUCCGUGCCCUGGUGUCAGGCUCAGAGCGGCCUGGCUCGGGCAGCCCAGCCCCUCAUCCCACAGGGGCAGAGAAGCAAUAAUGUCCAGGGACAGGCAGGGGCCUUCGGAAGGUGCCAGAUGGGGGGUCCGGGGCUCCCCCGUGUGGUUGGGGGAUGGGCACUGCCUCCUCGCCCCGCCUUCCCCAGCCUCAAGCUGCUCUCCUGACCCUGUGGAUGAGGCAGGAGGAACAUUUGGGGCCCGGCCUCCCCGCCGCCCAGUCCUGUGCCUUACCAGGGCUUCCUUCCGGCUGCCCUUAAGUCCCGCUGCGCCCCGGGCCCAGCCCCAGCCCUUUCCAAGGAUGGGGGCUGGGAUCGCGCCCUUCUUUCCGCCUGGGGCGGAGGGGUGCCAGCCCCGGCUGUUACACAUCUCGCACCGAGACAGUAUUGGGCCCCGUGGCCUGGGGUCAAAGAGGGGGUGGGGUGGGGGCCUCUGAGAAGGGAGACUCCAGGGCCCCUUUCUGCCUCCCCCUUUCCGGGCCCCACGUUCUGCAGCCUUAAGGUGAACGUGUGUCCGUACUGUGGGCAUGGGGGCGCGUGCCUCAGGCCAUGUGUGUUUGUGGGUGUCCCUGUGCGUCCAGGAUGUGGAUGCACAUGGGUGUGUGUGUAUGUGCGUGUGCGUGCGUGUGGGGUAUGCGUGCAUGAGGGCAAGCGUGUCCCGGCCUUGAGUGUGUGGUGCGUGUGGGCUUGGGCCCUAUCCCCGGGCCCGAGCAUCUCAUCCCCCGGGGGGGGGGGGGAGGUGCUGGCGCGGCAGGAGGGCCACGCCUGGGGUCCAUUUGUGACCCAGUCUCCCUCCCACCCCACCCCCAACAUCUCUCGGUGUGUGGAAUUUAGUUGUGGUUUUGAUCUCCCCACCCCACCUCCUGUACUGGGUAGUUUGGAGAGAGACAUCCUAGGGUGGGGUGAGGGUUGGUUUGGGUGGGUGGGGGGUCCUUUUCCUUUCUGUGUGCGUAUGUCGUUUAUCUGACAAUUCGCUGUCCUCCCCACCGGCCUUCCCCAUUCCUCCCAUUUGUACGGUACAAGCAAUAAAGACUCAUUUCAGACCGGGGCCCACCGCCCUGGGCCGUUA